AAGCCUAAAAGUCACUAGCACUCACAUUUCAUUUCAUUUCAUUUCACUUUCUUUUCUUUUCUUUUCUACCAAACAAAUCUCUGUGAAUUCCGAUUCCCGAAGUGGUUGCUUAUCCGAUAUUCCACGCGGAGGCAGGUAGAUCUCUUCGUGCAAAUAUCCUUCUCAUCUGGAGGAGGUUGAGAUUGAAAGGUGAAAAAGGUACAUUUUAGCGUGCAUCGCAGUUUUCCUAGGUAAGCAGUUCUGGAAUGUUCUUGCUUUAAAUGAACUUUGAAGCAAUCCAGACGCCUCAGCAAGUCAUUUUCAGAUCUAGGGCGCUCUCUGAAGUUUUUGGGAGGCUAAAUCAGUGAACGGAGCUCGGAGGAAAAAACUAAGGAAGAAUACUUCCUUUCAGAAGGAUAGAUGGCUACACUUCAAGAUAUAGCGCUUGCAGCAGCUAUUAAUAUUCUCAGUGCCUGUAUUUUCUUUUUGGCAUUUGCCGUUCUGAGGAUUCAACCUUUCAAUGAUAGAGUAUACUUUCCAAAAUGGUAUCUUAAGGGUUUGAGAAGCAGCCCAACACGCUCGGGAGCUUUUGUACAAAGGUUUGUCAAUUUGGACUUCAGGUCUUACUUGAGGUUUCUGAAUUGGAUGCCAGAUGCCCUGAAAAUGCCAGAACCUGAGCUUAUUGAACAUGCAGGAUUAGAUUCUGCUGUCUACUUGCGUAUUUACUUGAUAGGGCUUAAAUUAUUUGUUCCCAUAACAUUCCUUGCAUGGGCUAUCCUGGUACCAGUUAAUUGGACAAAUGCCAGUAACACUUUAGCACAAUCCAAAGCAACUUACAGUGACAUCGAUAAGCUCUCAAUUUCAAAUACUCCACUUGGAUCAGAACGGUUUUGGUCCCAUAUAGUGAUGGCCUAUGCCUUCACCUUUUGGACAUGCUAUCUGCUGCAAAAGGAAUAUGAAAUAAUUGCAUCAAUGCGGUUACAAUUUCUUGCAUCAGAAAAACGCCGUCCAGAUCAAUUUACAGUCCUUGUUAGGAAUGUGCCCCCAGACGCAGAUGAAUCUGUUAGUGAGCUUGUGGAGCAUUUUUUCCUGGUCAAUCAUACAGAUAACUAUCUUACUCAUCAGGUUGUAUAUGAUGCAAAUAAACUUGCAAAAUUGGUCAAGAAGAAGGAAAAAAUGCAGAAUUGGCUUGACUAUUAUCAAAUUAAAUAUUCUAGAAAUGAAUCAAGCAGGCCCUUUCUGAAGACUGGUUUUCUUGGCCUUUGGGGAAACAGAGUGGAUGCAAUGGAUUUUUACACAUCCGAAAUUGAGAAACUCUGCAAAGAAAUAUCUGUGGAGAGAGAAAGGGUUGCAAAUGAUCCUAAGUCUAUCAUGCCCGCAGCAUUUGUUUCCUUCAAAACUCGGUGGGGUGCUGCUGUUUGUGCACAAACUCAACAAUCUAGAAAUCCAACUUUAUGGUUAACUGAGUGGGCUCCGGAGCCACGUGAUGUAUAUUGGCAUAACCUGGCAAUUCCAUUUGUUUCACUCACGGUUAGGAGGCUUAUAAUUGCCGUUGCAUUCUUUUUUCUCACCUUCUUUUACAUGAUCCCCAUUGCAUUUGUGCAAUCCCUUGCAAGCAUUGAGGGAAUUGAGAAAGCAGUGCCAUUCCUGAGGCCCAUUAUUGAAAAGAAGUUCAUCAAGUCACUAAUCCAAGGUUUUCUACCUGGGAUCGUUCUGAAGAUUUUCCUCAUUGUUCUACCAACCAUAUUGAUGCUGAUGUCUAAAUUUGAAGGGUUCAUUUCAAUAUCAUCUUUAGAAAGGAGAUCAGCAUCUAGAUAUUAUCUUUUCAACUUUGUGAACGUAUUUCUUGGGAGCAUAAUCACUGGAAGUGCACUUGAACAACUAAAUACCUUUAUGAAGCAGUCGCCAAAUCAAAUUCCUAGAACAAUUGGGGUAGCAAUUCCAAUGAAAGCAACUUUCUUCAUAUCUUACAUAAUGGUUGAUGGAUGGGCUGGCAUAGCAGCAGAGAUUUUAAUGUUGAAACCACUGAUAAUCUUCCACUUGAAGAAUUUCUUCUUGGUGAAGACUGAAAAGGACAGGGAGGAGGCAAUGGAUCCAGGAAGUAUUGGUUUCAAUACUGGCGAACCUCGAAUACAAUUAUAUUUUUUACUGGGCCUUGUCUAUGCUGUGGUGACACCAGUGCUACUUCCUUUCAUAAUUGUUUUCUUUUGCCUGGCAUAUGUCGUAUUCCGCCAUCAGAUCAUUAAUGUUUACAAUCAAGAGUAUGAGAGUGGUGCAGCAUUCUGGCCGGAUGUUCAUGGGCGUAUUAUUGGUGCACUAAUCAUCUCACAGCUGCUUCUGAUGGGAUUAUUAAGUACUAAACAAGCUGCUCAGUCAACACCAUUUCUCAUUGCACUCCCAAUCCUGACCAUAUCAUUCCACUAUUACUGUAAAGGCCGUUUUGAACCUGCAUUCAUUAGAUAUCCACUGCAGGAAGCAAAGAUGAAGGAUACCCUUGAACGUGCAAGGGAACCACACCUCAAUCUCAAAGGUUACCUUCAAACUGCUUACAUCCAUCCAGUUUUUAAAAGCGCUGAGGAUGAUGAAGAAGAGGAAAUUCAUGGAAAAUGGGAGCAUGAUGCCGAGCUAGUCCCCACAAAACGCCAGUCUCGAAGGAACACACCAUUGCCCAGCAAAUUCAGUGGUUCAUCCUCCCCGUCUCUGCCUGAGGUUGUUGAGGAACGUGGACAGCCUUGAAUUAUAGACAGGUAACUCUUACUGUACAUUUGGCCCUUCACAGCGUUGUUAUAGCCAUGAGGAGAACAGCAUUGUAAAUUAAAUGGGCGAGGAUAACUUUGUUGUAUAGAUAAAAAGAAGGGUUUGUGCAGCCUCUAGUGUUCUCAACGGUACUAGAGAAAGCAAGCUCUGGAUUAUAUGGCAGAUGGUAGAAGGAAGUUGCUUUUUGUGAUCUGUAACUUACUGGAGGCUGUAAAAAGGCAUAAAAUCAUGUUAAAAUGUGUGAAUUUUUAUUUUCAUGGUCAAGAAAAAAGUUUUGUGCUUUUAUUGAUCA